AUGGAAGUAUAUAAUGACUUUUCCUCUACCUUCUCCGAUGAUACUUUAAACAAAGUAGACUGUGAUUAUAGUGUGCGUUAUCCUCAGCUGCGAGAAUUUUUACAGAGAUACAAGAAUCCUUUAGCUGUAGAUAGUAUAUCGCUUUCUCAAAUGAAAGUAGAACAAGCACAUGACACUCUUCGUCGUUCUUUAAAGGUAUUUCUUGAUAGAGGAGAAAAUAUUGAAGAUCUAGUUCAAAAAAGCCAGGAUUUAUCUGAAACAUCCAAAGCACUCUUCAAGUCAUCCAAAAAAAUGAAGAAGUCAUGUUGUAGUUUACAAUAA